UUUAUUGCCUAUUGGUAAAGAUGGCAACAAAACGGAUCUUGGCAUUAGCGCUGGUUAGCGCACUUACUUCCCUAGCUUACGCACAUGGCAAGCUAAGUUACGAACACUAUGCAGUGUACAAGGUCGAUAUCACUACGAAAACCCAGCUUGAGGUGCUCCAAAACCUAGAAUCGCUUCCGAAUGGGUACACCUUUCUAGACUACCCGGCAAGUGUGAAUAUGAGCGUUGAAGUUGUGGUGCCUCCAGCUGAAGUGAUUAGCAUGGAACGACUCUUCCGAAAGCAUGAGAUCCAGACUACGCUUCUUACAACCAACUUGCAACAAAUUCUUAGCAAAGAACGUCCCGCACGCAGAAAGGUGGAGGGUUUUGGAUGGGACGAUUAUCAUACGCUGGAAGAAAUCUACGCCUGGAUCGAUGAAAUGGUCAACCAGUAUAGUUCGGUACUGUCGGUGGAAACAAUCGGUCAAACGUACGAAAAGCGUGACAUGAAGGUCAUCAAGCUUUCCUACAAGCCGGGUAAUCAGGGUAUCUAUAUCGAUGCGAACAUUCAUGCACGUGAAUGGAUCACCUCGGCUUCCAUAACGUGGAUACUGAACGAGCUGCUCACCUCGGAAGAUGUCCGUGUGCGACAUAUUGCGGAAAACUACGACUGGUACAUUGUGCCCGUUGCUAAUCCGGAUGGAUUUGCGUACACGCACACCACGGAACGUUUGUGGCGUAAAACAAGGACCCAACAUAACCUUCUGUGUUACGGAACUGAUCCUAAUCGCAACUUCAAUCAUCAGUGGAACAAUGGUGGCACAUCUACGACACCCUGUUCGGACACUUACUCCGGUCCGGAACCGGAGUCAGAGGUUGAAGUAAGCAAUUUAACUUCCUUCGUCCGAUCGAUUGCGGCAAACGUAAAACUUGCGCUUUCGAUACACUCGCGCGGUCAGUACAUACUGUUGCCGUUCGGUUAUAACAAUGCACCACGUGCGCACAACUAUCAAGAUCUGAUGCAGAUCGGACAACGUGCCUCGGUCGAUAUGUAUAAGCUGUACAACAAGCCAUACCGUGUAGGAACUACGGCUGAAGUUCUCUAUGUUGCGUCUGGAAUUUCGGUUGAUUGGGCAUUUGCUGUGGCCGGAAUCCCACUGAGCUACACGUUCGAAUUGCGCGAUCAAGUAGAGUUUGGCUUCAUUCUGCCGGCCGAUCAAAUUGUGCCUAAUGCCGAGGAACUGCUGGAAGCGUUUGUCGGAAUGAUCGAUGAGGCAAAGAUUUUGGGCUAUAUGUAAACGGUGAUGUGGUCGAUACGGUGCCCGUUUUACCGGUCUACGGUAAAUCAAUAAUAAAUGAAAAACUUUACAAUGCUA